AUGAACGGAUGGCUGCAAAGCAGUGGUGUGCACGUGAUUCGCCCCACAGACUCCGUGUCCUUCCCAGUUUUCUGCAUCGCUGAGGGCCACGUGGUCUUCCUGCGCCGUCUCAACAAUCGCGUCAACUUCACGAGACCUUGGCGAGAUUAUCGCGACGGCUUUGGUGACAUCAGUGGCAGCCACUGGCUGGGGCUGGAAAAGAUGCACAUCCUGACUUCCCAGGACCGGGUAUACCAGCUGCGCGUGCAGAUCGCCUUAACCAAUGGGACUAACAUAUACACCUUCUACAACAACUUCACCGUCAGGGAUGGAAGUCAGUUUUACCAGUUCGACUUCACGGUAAAUGCCAUGGCCAACGACUGUCUGUCUGAUCUCCGUCGAAUCAGCUUCAGCACUUACGACAGCGACAACGACGGCGACAGCAGCGUCAACUGCGCAAGUCGUCACAGCGGCGGCUGGUGGUUCCGUGGCAACACGUGCAGCACGUGCAACCCCACGGGUCAGCUGCUGCAGCCCGCCAACGGCCUGAGGACGGGAGUGGACAGCGAGGUCUUCUGGAUCAAAGACCUUGGAGAUGUCGUGCCUUUCAGAAUUCGGUUUAGCCUGGCAAACAUGUGA